AAUAAAUUCAGUGGUCAAUUUCGAUAAGGGACUGUGUGUGCAGAAGCAGUUAAGUUAGAUUGACCAUCAACAGCCCCAUAUCUCACCCACACGACUACCCACCACCCUCUGCAUUCCCAAGCUCUCAAUCUCACAAAUCCAUGGCUUCUCACGAAACUUCCUCAUCCAUCGACCCCAACCGUAGAAACCAUCCCGCCGCCGCCGCCUCCGUCGUCACUCUCGCCGCUGUCUCUCCCAACCCAACAUCACCAAAACUAGAUCCCAUAACCCCUUUGUCGGACUCAGACAAGUUGUCAAAAUCACAUCCACCUUCCCCCAAAAUGGUCGGCCCCAGAACAGUGCAAAUGGUAGCCAAAAAACCCAACGAAGCCCCUCAGGAACACUCUACCACAGAGAAAUUCAACGACUCUGAAGAGAAAUUCGAACGCAUGAUCAACUGUAUCACAGCCAAAGAAAGGGAAAUGAAGCAGCUCCUAAAGGAACACGAACAUCUCACUCGCAGGCUCUCUGUUUCUCUUUCUUCAUCACGGAGUGGAAGAAGAAGAAGAUCAAUCUGUGGCUCACAGAUUGAAUUAGCAGACGUGUUUGCUAACAACGGUGUCAAAGUGGUUUCAGCCGAUAUGCCGCCGUUUAUGCAGAUCCACGCCGUAGAUUGCGCUAGAAAAGCCCACGAUAGUAUGGAAAAGUUCACUUCCAAAUCCCUUGCAUUGACUCUCAAGAAGGAAUUCGAUGGGGUUUACGGGCCGGCAUGGCAUUGUAUUGUGGGGAAGAGUUUUGGGUCAUUUGUGACACACUCAGUGGGUGGAUUUCUGUACUUCUCCAUGGCUCAAAAGCUUUACAUUCUGCUCUUCAAAACCACUGUACAAAGAGCCAAUUAGAAACACUCAAUCGCUGAUCAUGUUUAGGCAGAGCAACAACUCUGUUCUUUUCUUGUUUCAACUCUGUUUAGUUAUGAUUUCGCCAUUGAUGUUCAUAAUCGAAUUGAAGGUGAUGGGUAUGGCGAUAAUGGUGAAUGGUGUGGAGUGGUAGCUGCAGUAAAUGCAGAUUGAGAUUUGAGUAUUGAGAUACAUUUACAGACGAUAAUGAUUGCAGAGUCGAAGGCCCACAUCAUUCAUUUUCUGGGUUUGGAUUUAUACUCUGUUCUUCAAUGUUCGGACGUAAGGAUGUGCAGAUGAUAAGAUUUCUUUUUCCUUUUUCUGGGGAUAUUUGUUCAAUCCUUAUUUACCACCAUGUAAUGGCUCCGAUAUUUAUACGGACUCAUAACGAGUGUCGAAUCUAAAUUUCAAAUUCUAA